AUGAUACUCAAAGGUUGUGUCCUGUAUCCUUUGUGCUCUCCGAGGAAUAAGCAAAGAUGUUCCAGGCUGUGGAAAAUAUCCUAUGGAGGAUUACUGAAGAUAGUGACUGGCUCCCUCUUAACAUUUUAUGUGGUACUCUGUCUUGAUAGCGGGAUGGUGCUUAUGAGCAAGCAGGUGCCAUCAAGGUUCAUGUACCCCAAAGAGUGGCAGCACCUCACCAUGUUCAUCCUCCUCACUCUCAAUGGCUGCGUGGACUUCAUGAGCAAGAACGUGCUGCCUCAGAGGUGUGUGGGCCUAGAAAAAGGUACCCUGGUCCUGAUCAUCUACCAGCUCCUGCUGCUGAUGGUGUCACAUGCUAAAGACUCAGAAGGGGUGGAGCUGCACGUUCACUCUCUGCUCAUUUUGGUGGUGUUCCUGCUGUUGCUGGUGUUGACUGCACAGCUGUGGGCUCCCAACAUGUGUCAUCUCCAGCUGAUGGAGACCUUUCUGAUGCUGAUGAUGGGCUCCUGGCUGAUGCAGGCAGGCUUUAUUCUAUACAGACCUGUCUCUGGCUACCCAUGGCAAGACGAUGACAUCAGUGACAUCAUGUUUGUCACCACCUUCUUCUGCUGGCAUGUGAUGAUCGAUGCCUCAUUCCUGUUGGGAAUCUAUGGCUUCUCUUCCUUUUGGUAUCAUUGUUACAGUCCCAGCUUGAAGCUGACCGGACCCAAAGAAGCUCCGUAUUAUGCAAGCACUCCAGGAGGACCCCUCUACAAGUUGCUACAGGAAGUGGAGCAGUCAGAGAAAGAGGACCAGGCUCUCCUUUUUUCAAAGAGCUCCCCCUGA